GACCUGUAACAAUUAUGGUUUGAAAAAUCAUCAAUUAUAUUAUAACCGUUAUGUUAGCUUCAUCUCUUUGGGUUAUAUACAGGAAUUUUGUUUCAAGAUGCUCUUAAUAUAAUUUUUUAAUAUUUUUUUUUAUUUUUAACUACUAUAGUUUGAUCUGACGUCAAGUUAAUACAUAAAAGUUUAGUUAUAGUUGAUAUAUGAAUGCUAAUCAGUAUCUAAAGUCCUUUGGUUGGAAGGAAGGAGAAGCUCUUCAAGAGGGUGGUCUUAAGAAACCUUUAUUGGUGAAGCAUAAAAAGGAUACUAAAGGAUUAGGACAUGAUGCAAAUGAUGCAGAUGUAUGGUGGGAGAAGUUAUUUGAUGGACAAUUGAAAAGUUUAGAAAUUAAUAAUGGAAGUUCAGGAGAAGUUUCUUUCAAACAAAACUCUUCCCAAGUUAUUCUGCAUAUGAGAAAGGAAACAUCAGUAUUAUAUAGGAUGUUUGUUAAAGGGGAAGGUUUACAAGGAACAGUAGGGAAGACAGAUCAUACAAAGACCAAAGAUCAUAUAAUAGCAUCCAAGGUAGCUAAAGACAUAGAUGAAGCAUUGCAUUCUAAUCGACUAGAAGUAGAAGAAGUUAUUGAGACCAAAAUAAAAGAGAAAAAGGUAAAGUCAGACAAGAAAGAGAAGAAGAGUAAGAAGGAUGAAAAAUCAAACGACAAGAAAAUAAAGAAAGAGAAGAAGAGUAGUAAGAAAGACAAGAAAGAAAAGAGUAAAUCUAAGAAAGAUGAUAAAAUCUCUAGUAAAGUUUCGAAGAAAGUGAAAUCAGAUAAAAAGGAACACAAGAAGAAAAGUAAAGAUAUCACCAAAGAUGAAACACUGAGCUCUUCUAAAAAGCGUAAGAGAGAUUCUUCUGAAGACGACUCUUCCAAUAGGGACAAGAAGAAGUCCAAGAAAGAGAAGAAAUAAUUAAAUGUACAAUAGACAAUCCAUGCAUUUUAUAGAUAAAUAGUAAUAGCAUAAUUUUAAUAUUCAAAAUGAUA